UUCGGUCUAGUGUAUGUUUUGCUGGAUAUUCGGGUACUACCAUGGCGUUUAAAAUAAUUGGAAUUUUCAAAAUUAUAUUGGUGGUCAAUGCAGCGGUAUUUGCGAAGAAUUUGAAAUUCGGAGUAUUUCCCGACGAUUCCGGGGAAUAUGAUAGCAAUAUUGCAUGGCUAUUUCAUGAUACGGGGAAGAAUGGAGAUGUCGAGAAGAAGGAAGAAUUCACAGUUUGUCAGACAGACGCCUGCAAAGCCAUCGCAAAACAAUUCCUAAGCAGUAUGAACAAAUCGGCAGACCCCUGCGACAAUUUCUAUGAUUAUGCCUGUGGAGCGUGGAGCGAAAAAGUCGAUCUGAUACCGCCUUAUGAAGGAAGUUGGGGACACACGGAACUAUUUCAAUUCAUCGUGAACAAAAGAAUCAAAGGGAUUUUGGAAUCGGAACCUCACCCGAGCGACAUUUUACCUGUGAGACAAGCGAAAAAAAUGUACAGAUCCUGCAUGAACUUGGAGGCACGGGAGAAACGGGGACUUGACCCGUUGGAGUCCAUCAUAAUGAGAACUGGGGGUUGGCCGAUGAUUAUGGACCCGGAGGAGUGGUAUGAAGGGGAUGUCUCCUGGCAAGAUAUUGAGAAGAAUUAUUUCUACAUUAAUGGCAGGUUCACUUUCUACGAUAUUGAGGCUCCGUGGUGGAGAAAAUUGUUUGGGGAAGAUUUCGAGGAAGAAAUAAGUAUCGCACCUGGUGAUCUGCCAUUCCAGGAUGAGCUCCGGGUCGCACGUCGAAAUUCUACGGAGGAAGCUUUGGAAUCGUAUGCAAGUAUCAUUGAAAAAGUUGCUAGGGAAUUCAUUAAACAUAAUAAAGCCGCUGUGACGGAAGAAAUGUUGAGAAAAGAUGUUGAGGCUCUGGUCGCGUUUGAUAGAGCACUAUACAAGGUGAUGCAAGAAACAGAUGAUUACGAACAUGGAACAGUCAGAGAGUUUUUAGAGCAUUACAGUGGCAAUGUAACUGAUCUCUCAGAUGGAGAUAAGAUCGACUUCCAAAAUCUGUUUAAAAUUUUGUUUGGAAUGGAGAACAUUGAGAUUAAAGAGUCCACCAACCUCUACGUUAUAUCACCAACUUACUACAGUAAUCUAACAGUAUUGUUACAAGAGACGCCCAUCCGAACUGUUGCCAAUUACAUUCACUGGAAUUUCGUUAGUAGAAUGCUGUUAUAUACAACGCAAAAAUUGGGGGACAUAUUCCAUGUAUUGAAGGAGGAAGAAACAGGCGCUGGAGAGGGGAAACCACGGUGGAUGGAAUGUGUGGAAAAGAUUAAAAUGGACCAUGCUGCGUCCUAUGCGUUUGCCACGAAGUAUUUUGAUAAAAGUACAGAGAAAGCUGCAUUAGAAAUGACAGAAAAUAUACGUCAAGAGAUGGAAUCACAAAUCGACAAAUCAAAUUGGCUCGCCGAUGCCGCGAAAAAGCUUUUGAAAGAAAAGUUGAGAAGUAUGAAAGUCUUCAUCGGAUUUCCGGACUGGUACAGGAACAGAACUGCUGUCAUGAAUUCGUACAAAGGGUUGAAAGUUGGAUAUGACUAUUUUGAGAAUAUUCUGAGUUAUGAAAAAUAUACAGUACGAGAGAAGUUACGAUACCUGAAGAACGAAAAAGAGGAAGAACCUUGGGAUAUGGAACCUGUAGUUGUUAAUGCUUUGUACGGACCAGAGGAAAAUUACAUAAAUAUUCCCGCUGCGGAUUUCCAACCACCAUUGUUCACACCAAAUCUUCCUGAUAAUAUCAAUUACGGACUUGUUGGCUGCGUAAUAGGCCAUGAGAUGGGGCAUGGUUUCGACGAUUCAGGAAUUCAACUGGGCAAGGAUGGUAACAAAACUAAGUUAUCAAAUGACAUGAUAGAAUUGUAUUACAAACGUGCGGAAUGCUUCUUGGAUCAAUUCAAUGACUAUUGGGGUGUAACGGAACCCACAUAUGAUGAUGAGACUCCGGGGUAUGGCGAGGGAAGCUUCGGACGCAAGACGAGAGGCGAAAACAUUGCCGAUACGACCGGACUCCACUCAGUAUUCGAGGCCUAUCGAAAAUUACGAGCGAAGAAGGGCAAGCCUGACGCCAAACUGCCUGGCUUUGAGGAAUAUACCGAUGAUCAAAUGUUCUUCAUUUCAUUCGCAUCUUCGUGGUGUAAAGUCAUGAAACCGGAAUAUGUGGAAAAGAUGAAAAUGAGAGAUGUGCAUAGUCCUGGUUAUUUGAGAGUAAUUGGGGCAGUGUCGAACACCAAUGAUUUUGCCAGGGCUUUUCAAUGUCCGAAGGGUAGUCCUAUGAAUCCUGACGAUAAAUGUAAUAUUUGGAAAGCUGAGGAAUCAUUCCUGGCCAAUGAGGUUAACAAGUCUCCAUGCGACAGAAGAAGACGUAGUAGCAGAUGGGCCCUGAAUGGUUGGUGAUUUUUACGACGAAACAAUUCUAUGCAAAAUAAACUUUGAAGUCAAUGCUAUGUUUAUGCUAAUGAAAAUACAAUUGUGGAAAUAAAAGUGAUUUUGAACGAUGAA